AAAAUAAAUUUCAGUUAUGACAUCAUUACAACUGUUUUGUUUGUUUUCUUAUUAAUAAUCUGGAUGGUCCCAAACUAACAUUAUCAAAUAAAUCAUUAUUUUUAGUUCUUUUCUAUUGUUUUUUCAGCCAAACAAAACAACAACAACAAUAACAAAGAAAGACAAAAUGAGGAUACAUCACCUCAAUAUCAGAUGUACAGAUAUUGAAAAAUCAUGCAAAUCUUUUUGUCAAUUAUAUGGUUUCAAGGUUUUCGGCUAUUGGUUUCCUACUUCUCAAGAUGAAAUGCGUUUGGUAUUAAUUCUAAAUGGUAUUAUUAUUUGUUUGAGUAAAUCUAGUGACAUUGAUACUGUAGAUGAUAUUGCAUAUUGUGUCGAGUCUGUCAAAAAGUCAUGUGAUAUUGUAAAAACUAACGGUGGUCAAGUUCUUGAGCAGCCACAUUACUUAGAUUGCAUUCAACAAAGCAAAGUUACACUUGAUAAUGGUUCAUGCAAUUGUUAUUCUAGUAAAUGUAAAAAUUAUAUUGAAAAAGCAGUUAUUAAAUCUCCAAUUGGAAAUCUUAAACAUACCUUACUGAAUACAGACUUUUAUGAUGGUAUUUUUUUGCCUGGCUUUACAAAAAUUUCUAAAGAAACAAAAUCUAAUGUUUCUAUUGAUAGUAUUGAUCACAUUGCCAUGGCAGUUGAAUAUGGCAAUGCUAAUAAAUAUAUGACUUGGUAUGAAAAUUGUUUUAAUUUUUCUCGCUUUGUAACAAGUAAACUUGAGAAUGAUUUUGGAUUAGUUAUUCAGACCAAAGAUAAAGACAGUGGUUUACGUCUACUUACUCUAAAUAAACAUCCAUGUUCAGAGCUUGCUUUGCAAGGUUUUGAUGUUGAGGCUCAUAAUAAUUCUGUAAAGUUUGUAUUUGGAGAAUCACUUUCUAAAAAUGAAUCCGAUCAAAUAACGCUUUUUUUAAAAAAGCACAAAGGUGAAGGUAUUCAACACAUUGCAUUUCAUACUAAAUCAAUUAUUCAGGAUUCUCUUAUCUGGAUAAAAAAUGGAGUGAGUUUUAUCAAACCACCUAAUCAAUAUUAUGAAGAAAUAUCAUCCACACUAGAUAUACUGAAUAAAAAAGAUGAUAUUAUAGCUCUAAGAGAAAUUGGAAUUUUAAUAGAUGCUGAACACAUUUAUGAGCCUUCUACAGAACAAAACAGAUUCCUUUAUCAAAUUUUUACUCAUCCUGUGCUAGAUACAAAAACGUUUUUUUUCGAACUUGUAUACCGCAACAAUGCUAAUGGUUUUGGUGCAGGAAAUAUAAAAGCUCUUUGGAGAGCAAUGGAUAAAUAUUUACAAGAUGUCAAAGAAUUUUUGUGAUAGCUUAUGAGACUUUUAUGUAAAUCUUUUCUAUAUAUUUUUUUAAAUUUUCUUUUCUAUUUUUUAUAAGAACAGUAAAAGUAGGGGGUAACCAAUAUUGUGAUCGUUCACAUUAAUAUAAUGCUAUAAGAAUUCCUUAUCGUUUUUUAAAAUAGCACUGGGUAUAAUUCUUUUAUCACUCUAGACAACUUGAAAUCCUUUUGGCUUUCCCUUUUUUGGUUUAUUACGUGGAUUCUUUAAAAUUAGUUAGUUUUUUCCUUUUUUUUUUGUUCAUGUUAUAUGUUUUUAAACAUAUAAACAUGUUUUAUGUUAAAAUUAAACAAACAAACAUGUUGUAUGUUGAAAUUGUUUUUUAAAUUUAUUUUUUCAAAAAAA